AACUGAGCACUAUCUAUAUUUUUAUUAUCGAGAGAGCUUGGUGGCGACUGACUGUAGCGUACAGCCAGCUACAUACAGUAUGUCUAGAUUUUUUCUAUUACUUACCUUUACUGUUCUUUUUGAUUUGAUCUUUUCUAUUACGUUCUAUCUACCGGUAAAUCUUAGAAAAUGUUUGCGGGAAGAGAUCCACAAAGACGUGCUGGUCACAGGCGAAUACGAAGUUAGCGAACAACCAAAUGCGAAAACCAAUCUCAAGAUUACAGAUUCAUCAGGUCACAUCUUGUACUCCAAGGAGGAUGCUUCAAAGGGGAAGUUUGCCUUUACAACAGAGGACUAUGAUAUGUUUGAGGUUUGCUUCGAAAGCAAAUCCCCUCUAGGUACUGGGAGGGUCACAGACCAGCUGGUCAAUUUAGACAUGAAGCAUGGUGUGGAGGCAAAGAAUUACGAAGAGAUUGCAAAAGUUGAGAAGCUGAAGCCCCUAGAAGUUGAACUAAGACGCCUCGAAGACUUGUCGGAGUCCAUUGUGAAUGACUUUGCCUACAUGAAGAAGCGUGAAGAGGAAAUGAGGGACACAAAUGAAUCCACCAACAUACGUGUCUUGUACUUCAGUAUCUUCUCUAUGUGCUGUCUAAUUGGGCUGGCAACGUGGCAGGUCUUCUACCUACGGCGUUUCUUCAAGGCGAAGAAACUGAUAGAGUAAAGCCAUCUACGAAGCGGGGACCAUGUUGAGGAAAUGGUGUGCAAUUUGUGAGAAAUUAAGUUGGGUAGUAGCCCCCGUAUACAAUUUUAAUUUAUUUCAGACUUAAGUUUUUUACUAGCCUCAUCUCAGGCACUGUUUUGAUUAGAAAUACAUUGGUUUGAGAUGUACUCAUGCAACAUUGCAUGACAAUAAACACACUACAUUUUUUGUGAGUGUACAAAGCCUCCCAUCACAUUCAGCUAUUGUUAUGCAAAAAUAAAGUGUCCCCAGUAUGUCAGGUACAUGGUUGUGUUUUUUAAUAAGAAGGCUUUCACUCUGGGUGUCUUUCAUAUAGCUAUAAAGACUAUACAGCAUUAAAAGAUGAGCAAUUACAAGAAAUGUCUCUUAAUGAGAUCCUGUUUUUAAAUUAAUCUUUUAUCAUUUGACAAUGUUGGCACACUUAUCUAUUUCCAUAAAGUUCCCAGGCUUUGUACAUUCUUCUCAGUUUUCUGAGGUUUGGUCUAGGUGGUUCCUGUGAAAAACAAGAAAAUAUUGUUUAGCAAGUAAAAUUAAGCUUGGCAUAGAGCAAAUUCUGAUUGUGGCGCAAGACUCAUUUGUCACUACAGAUAUUAACAAAAUACAUGUUUGAAGUCUUGAUUUGUAAUGUGUUGGACCCCAGGAAGAUUAGCUAACGUUAGCUAAUGGGGAUCCUAAUGACAAAUUAAACAGUUUAAAGUAAAA